AUGCCUCCUUGUAGAGCUAACGCCAAGAAUGCGAAUGCCAGGAACGCAAACGUAGCUCCUCCAGUCCCUGAUCAAGAAGUCUCGAAUGCAGAGUUCAGGAACGCUAUUCAGAUAUUGGCUCAGAGUGUGGCCAACCAGAACAAUCAGGGGGUUCCAGUUCAGGCAAAAGACAAUGUUGGGUCAGCUGCAGCUAGAGUUGAUGAUGAUAAGCUUAGAGAACAUGCUAGGGAGAACAAGGAGGGUAGGACCGGAAACUAUGACUACUCUCAACGGAAAUCGGGUGGUGGGAAUCGCUCGCAGGGUCAGCAGAAAUUUUCAAGCCCAUCAACUUCAUCAGCUAGUGAAGAAUGCUUUGGAUGUGGUCAGUCUGGUCACAGAUUGAAGGAUUGUCCUUCUAAACAGGGUCAAGGAGGCAAUGCUAAUCGAGCCCAGUCUACAACUUCGACAGCACCAACAGGACUCCCGACUCAGCAGGGUAAUUCUUUUGGUACAGGUGGCGGACAACGCUAG